CUUUCUUAGCCCCAAGCUCGAAUAUGUGACAGACAUGGCAGAAACGCCAAUCCGAUUCGGUAUUCUGGGUUGCGCAAGCAUAUCGCUGAAGCUAACAAAGAAGCUAUCGAGAUCCAUAACCCUUUCUCCCAAUUCGACCCUUGAUGCCAUUGGUAGCAAUUCCUUCGACGAGGCCAAGAAAUUCGCUGCGGAGAAUGGGUUUCCUCCGUCGGUGAAGAUCUACGGCAGCUACGAAGCUGUCCUUGAUGAUCCAAACGUAGAUGCAGUGUACUUGCCCCUUCCACCAAGAUUGCACCUGCGGUGGGCGGUGCUGGCAGCGGAGAAGAAGAAGCACCUGUUGCUGGAGAAGCCCGUGGCCUUGAACGUGGACGAGUUCGAUCAGAUCGUGGAGGCUUGCGAGGCCAAUGGAGUUCAGUUCAUGGACGGAACCCUGUGGAUGCACCACCCUAGGACUUCCAAAAUGAAGGAAUUCCUCUUGGAUACGCAGCGUUUCGGUCACCUCAAAACGGUUCACAGCUUCUUUUCAUUUGCUGCUAAUGAUGAUUUUCUUAAGAAUGACAUACGGGUAAAGCCACAUCUUGAUGGGCUUGGGGCUCUUGGUGAUGCUGGGUGGUACUGCAUAAGGUCAAUACUGUGGGCUUGUGACUACGAACUGCCCAAGACAGUGAUUGCCCUUCGUGGGCCUAUUCUUAAUGAAGCAGGAGUGAUCUUGGCUUGUGGAUCUUCUUUACACUGGGAAGAUGGGAAAACAGCAACUUUCCACUGCUCAUUCCUUUCCAAUUUGACCAUGGAUAUUACUGCACUUGGAACAGAAGGAACUCUACAUGUUCGCGAUUUUAUUAUCCCUUACGAAGAGAAAUCUGCUUCAUUUUCUGUGUCUUGUAAGACUGGAUUCACAGAGCAUGUGGUCACAACAGAUCUCCCCCAGGAGAUAUUCAUGGUAAGGGAGUUCUCAAGGUUGGUGAAAAAUAUAAAAGAGGGUGGUUCUGAACCAGAGAGCAAGUGGCUAAGCAUUAGCAGGAAGACACAAUUGGUUUUGGAUGCAGUCAAGGCAUCCAUUGAGAGAGAUUUUGAGCCCAUCCAAGUUUGGGUUUAAGCUAGAAUUGAGAGU